GCUGCGGGGGGGGGGCUCGCUUGGAAGCAGGGAAAGUUUCUGGUCUCUUCGGUUCCCGCUCCCUUCUUUUCUUUUUCCACUCUUGUUUCUCUCCCCCUCCCUUCCUUCCCCCCCUCCGGCUUUUUAUCCUUCUCCCCGGUGGCACCAUGACGGCAUCUCCCGACUACCUGGUGAUCCUCUUCGUGACCACGGCGGGCACCAACGGGGCGAGGCUGGGCUCGGAUGAGCGAGAGCUGCUCCAGCUCUUAUGGAAAGUGGUCGACCUGAGGAGUAAGGAGCUGGGGCAGCUGCACGACCUUCUGGUCCGGCCUGACCACAUGGAGCUGACGGCUGAGUGCCAUGAGAUCACCCAGGUGGACGUGGAGAGCCUGGCGCUGGCUCCGCCGCUGGAGCAGGCGCUGCGACAGUUUAAUCAGUCCGUGAGCAACGAGUUGAACAUUGGUGUAGGUACUUCGUUCUGUUUCUGUACUGAUGGACAGCUGCACAUCAGGCAGGUUCUGCACCCUGAAGCUUCCAAAAAGAAUAUUUCACUGCCUGAAUGCUUCUACUCCUUUUUUGACUUGCGGAAAGAGUUCAAGAAGUGUUGCCCUGGCUCACCUGACCUCAGCAAACUCGAUGUUGCAGCAAUGACAGAAUAUUUAAAUCUUGACAAGAGCAGCCCAGUGUUUCCCUAUGGAGCCUCUCAAGUUGAAGAUAUGGGGAAUAUUAUUUUAACACUAAUAUGUGAACCACACAAUCACAGAUUUUCAGAUCCAGAAAGAGUGAACUACAAAUUUGAAAGUGGGCCUUGCAGCAAGAUGGAACUUGUGGAUGAUAAUGCUAUUAUCCGAGCAAGAGGAUUGCCAUGGCAGUCAUCUGACCAGGACAUAGCGAGAUUCUUCAAAGGCCUAAAUAUUGCCAAGGGAGGUGCUGCACUCUGUCUCAAUGCCCAAGGUAGAAGGAAUGGGGAGGCACUUGUGAGGUUCGUAAGUGAAGAGCAUAGAGAUCUAGCGCUACAAAGGCACAAGCAUCACAUGGGAAAUCGAUACAUUGAGGUAUACAAGGCAACAGGUGAAGACUUCCUUAAAAUUGCAGGAGGCACUUCCAACGAGGUUGCACAGUUCUUGUCGAAAGAAAACCAAGUGAUUGUCAGGAUGCGAGGUCUUCCUUUCAACGUAACAGCAGAAGAAGUGCUGACAUUCUUUGGCCAACACUGCCCUGUAACGGGAGGAAAGGAGGGAGUCCUGUUUGUUACAUACCCUGACAGCAGACCAACAGGGGAUGCCUUUGUGUUGUUUGCUUGUGAGGAAUAUGCACAAAAUGCACUGAAAAAGCAUAAGGACUUGCUGGGGAAAAGAUAUAUUGAACUCUUCAGGAGCACUGCAGCAGAAGUUCAGCAGGUGCUGAACAGAUACUCUUCCACACCUCUCAUUCCCCUUCCAACACCUCCUAUUCUUCCAGUAUUACCUCAACAAUUUGUGCCUCCCACUAAUGUCAGAGACUGCAUACGUUUGCGUGGUCUUCCCUAUGCUGCUACUAUAGAAGACAUCCUGGAGUUCUUGGGCGAGUUUUCUACAGAUAUUCGGACCCAUGGAGUUCACAUGGUACUAAAUCACCAGGGACGUCCAUCGGGAGACGCUUUUAUUCAGAUGAAAUCUGCAGACCGAGCUUUUCUGGCUGCACAGAAGUGUCAUAAGAAGACUAUGAAGGACAGAUAUGUUGAAGUCUUUCAAUGUUCCGCUGAGGAAAUGAACUUUGUAUUAAUGGGGGGCACUUUAAAUCGAAAUGGCUUGUCCCCACCACCAUGUAAGUUACCAUGCCUUUCACCCCCUUCCUACUCCUUUCCAGCUCCUGCUGCAGUUGUGCCAACAGAAGCUGCUCUGUAUCAGCCAUCCAUGCUCCUAAACCCACGAACACUCCAGCCCUCCACAGCGUACUACCCUGCUGGGGCUCAGCUUUUCAUGAACUACACCGCUUACUACCCCAGGUAAAGCAGAGGAGAAACCAAGCAGGAACAAAGAAGUCUUUUUGCAGCAAAUGCACAAAGCUCAGGAAAGGACAUUGUCUGCUUUGCUAAAGGCUUGUGCUACCAAGAACAGCUUGUUUGGUAUCUUGUUCAGGGAAACAAUUUCAGGUUUUCUAGGGAUUUCCCAAGUUUUAGAGUAUUUCAGGUAGUGAUGCUUUUUAAAGCAUAAGUGUCACAGUUACAGUAAGAUGUUUUUGUUGUUUAUUUUUUUUUUUCCACCUAACGUGCCUCUUAAACUUGUUAACUUCCAUUGUUGUGACCUCAGUGGGAACUGGUGUGUGCAGUACUCUAUCCCAUGUUGGUAAAGAAGUCCUUGGCCCCUCUUUAGAAUGGAGGGAUUGGGAUCUGCCCUAACAACUUGUGGAAUUCUGCCUCUGUUUUUGUAAUAUGUAACUUUUGACCUUUGUGGUAAAAACUGUUUACUUAUUUAUAAAAGUACUGCAUUGCGGCAUGUACGUAUUUGAAUGCAUAUGUUAAGCAUACAGAGGCGUAUGUUCUUCCUGACCUCAUGAACGCCUCGUGAGGGGCUUUUGGCUUUUCUGGAUAUAUUAGCCAUCUUCUGUAGAACAACAGCUCUUGACACCAUUUUACCUCUGUGAUCAUGAGCCAUAAAAAGCCAUGUUCCUUGUAAGCCAUAAACUGUUCUUCAUCUGUCACGAAGAACUCAGGUCUUCUAUUAGGUUCUGAUCUGUGCUUUUUAUCUCUGGAGAGGGGUCCAAGUAGCUACUUAUGAAGCUGUGGAGUAACAUGGGCCCUCUAGUACCUAUAAGAUAAAGGUUUUCUUAAUACUUUACACUAAACCAGUAUGUCUGAGCUGCCUAUUGUGUCUUUUUAAUUAAAACAAUUUCUUCGUUCAUGAGUUAAUUUCUGUAAUGCCUUUAAUGUUUGUCUUAAGGUUAUAAUAUGUUACCUAACUCAGCUUCUUUAAUGUAAGAUCAAGAAAAAUAAAAUUCCAAACUUCCACUAGCAAUAUAAACCAAGUUUCUCAAAAAUAGUUCUGUAUGUCAUGAGAACAAGGUAACAAUAAUAGUUUGUAGUGAUUUUGGCAUGUUGUACUUAACCUGCUAUGGCCAGUCUACUAUUAAGUGUCAGACCCUGCAUAGAUCUCUCACUCGAUGGGAUCCUGCAUAAGUCUCAUUAUUGCUGCUUGGGCUGAUUAGUCUGUAACCAACAUAUACACCCACAGUCUUAAGUCCCAAAAUAUCCUUUUUAAGUUCUUGUCUAGCUGGCAGUUGUAACUGGCACAGAACUGUUUCUUAAGAAUAUACAAGUACCUCCCCUUUAAAAAGAAGUAACAUUUCUGGAAUCAACUUGACUUCUGUAUUGUGAGAUCUGGUAUUUAGGUGUUCCCUCUCUAUCUAGAGUAAGUGCUUGAUCUACAGAAAAAUGGUAUGUGGUAUAUGGUGAUCCUUUGUAGCAGAUAAUUUGUUGGGGUUUUUCCCUCCAAAAAAAUUAAGCUUUAUUUCUUUUCAGGCAAAUUUCCGUGCUUUGUAAAAGGUGCAAUAAGUAAUUGGGUCCCUUUCACAUAGCAACUGGAAUUCUCUUAAAUGGAGUUUUCUCAUUGUGAAAUUUAAUUCAAAAAAUGUUAAGUACGUGCAGCAGGGAAGAACAAGGUAUCCUCUGUACUAAGUGGUGCAUUUAAAUGCAUGUACAUGGAAAGGCAAUACAGAGCUGGUGGCUAAUCAUCAGACAGUGGUUCAUAAAUCUAACUAGUGAAUACUUAUGGAAAUAAGGGAAGUUCCUUUGACCUGCUGCCCAAAGGUUCUACUGCUCGUAUUUUGAAAAGUCAAGCUGCCUUUUAAUAGCCGGUUCUGCUUUCUGCACAGUAAUCAACCCAGAUGGUGGCAGGGAAGGAGGCAUUGCUUUGGGCUUUAGUAGCUAUUGGAAAUCCCUGAAAUUCUGACUUGUUGUAAUGCUUUUACAGCUUUGGUGAUAAAACCUGAUAGCGUAAAGAAAUAGAUGCCUUCUAUGCUACUUUAAUAGCUUUAGCGAACUCCCAAUGAAAGGGAAGGAGAGCGAGUUAUUCAGGAUCUGUCAGUCUUUGAUAUCUCUGCUCAGCUUGUAAUUAUACCUGGCAACAUGUUCUAACAACAAAUCAGUGGUCUUGUUCUCUGCCUAGUCCCAGGUUUUUGAGAAAAAGAAUAAUCAGGAUUCAUAGAAGGGAGGAGUUUCUUUCCUUAUCUAAUCCUUAAUAAGUGUACCAGUUGCUGAAUGUAUGUUGAAAGUAAUGAAUAACUGCGCUACUUGGCAACAGCUAACAUGUUCUAGAGAAACUUCUACCACAUGCAAGCAUGGAAGUUACCGCUACAGAAUAUGUAGUUUUAAAAUAAAGUUGAAUCUUAUUGAACUUAUUCAGGACUAAUUCUAUUUUGAUCACUUUAUGCCAUGCCUUUACAACCUCAAAAGCUUCUGUCAAAAUCCAUAAUUGUAGGAACAUGCUUCAGCCUUGUUCACUGUUCAAAAUAUCAUUGAAAAUGUAGAAAGAGUAGCUUUUUACUCGGUGGGCAGUACACUGGUGGGAUGUGUAGCCAGAAAAUUAAGUGGAAACUAAAAACUGAUGUGGAUUCAAACAAAUUGGAUAAAUUCAAGGGCAGAAAAUUCAUCAUGAGAUAGUGAAUACACAGAAACCACACCUGGCUCAGGAAGUCCUUGAACUCAAAAUAACUGGAAGAGUUCUUACGUUCCGUGUCCUGUGGUAAAAUCUUGUGCCUUUGAAGCAAGUGGGUAGGUGAGCUUGUUUGUUUGCAUCUUUGAAGUAGUAUUUGUCUUGAGAGAUACAGGUACCACUUGUGAGCAUGGGUCCCUUCUAAUGUAUUUGUAGCCUUAUUUGGCUGUGAUAAUAGUCUAAUAGCAGCUAGGUUUGAAUUACCUCCCUGUUGUGUCUGUGUAUGUGCAGCUCUUUCCAUUAGUCGUUUGAAUUAAAAGGCCUUUUUACGUGGUAGUUAAAGGCAAGGUUCUUACACUUGCUGCACGAAGAAAUAUGGGGUAAUUUGUUAGUGUCCUCAUUUGUCUGCUUCUAACUCUUCCUGCUAUGGAUUAGGUAUGCUUUUCUUUUUCUUGUUAUACAUUGAUCAACUCGUAAAAAAAUUUAUAUAAUGUGACAUAUGUAUGCAUACAUACACAAAACCCAAAUAAAAUUCCCUAAGUUAGAAAAAAGCCUAACUUGUUUUCUGUGAUGUACCAGAUCCUCUGUAGCGACCAUCAUGGAGAACAAGUAAGACUGUUUUCUAACCUGAGUCAUUGCUUAGAUCCAUAUUUAGGCACAAGUAAAUUACAAUGAGUUUAAACUGACAAAACCAGGAACAAGUGGGCUGGAUUGGGAGUGAUACCAUUCAGCACUGCUGCCAGCAGCUUUAUUUGCAUAUCUGUGUGUCUGGCUAACCAGCAUCACUUGACAGAACUGGGUUAGGAAACAACCAUAUGUGUAUUUAGCCUGGGAGAUCUGUUGCAGAUGGAGAACAGCAGCAGACACAAACAAAACCUCUUCAUCAGCUUAGUUGUACUCAUACCAUUAUAGCAACACUCUGGAUCGCAUCUCUUUCACUAUCUGUGGUUUCAAUACAGGAUAGGGGAUGAUGUGAUUUAGAGCAGCCCUGCGGAGGACUUGGGGGACUGAUUGAGAAGCUCAAUCUGGCAAUGUGCACUCACAGCCCAGCAGGGCAA